GACUAGUUAUUCUUCUCUCCCACUUCGGAAGAAUCGCACGAGAUGCCUGAAUCGGUCCAGUCAUCCAAUACAACCAACUCGCAAGCCAGUUUCCGUCUCGCAGACGGGCUGGGAUAUGCUCUUCAGCAGAAUCACCGCUCUGCCAUCAGACUGAACUUACAACACUUCCUUUGGCGCCAAGUAUUUGGUUUCCACAUUCAUCCUUCCGUCCCCACAAAUCUCGGAAGGAUAGCCGACGUGGCAUGUGGGACUGCAUUGUGGCUGAUCGACGUUUCCCGGCGAUUUCCCCACUCUCAACUCGACGGGCUAGAUAUUGAUUUGACUCAAGCCCCUCACCCAAAAUGGUUACCCUCCAAUAUCCAUCUUCAAUCUUGGGAUAUUUUUACAGAUGUGCCAGCAGGGUUAAAGGCAAAAUAUGACCUCGUGCAUGUCCGACUUCUCGUACUGGUACUCUCUGGUCUGGAUCCUAUGCCUGUGUUGCAUCAUUUUUUUCAACUAGUCAAGCCCGGCGGCUAUCUCCAGUGGGAUGAGUUAGAUACUGUGAAUAUGUGCAUUAAAAAAGUGGACUCAUCUAUCCGCGCAUCUGCGUUGCAAGAAAUCAAAGAAGCAUCGCAUGCAGGCGGGCGCCAUGAUUGGAUCUUGGAAUUGCCACGUCUGCUAACCGAGGCAGGGUUUCAGGACGCUAAGAUUCAUUUUUACGAUGACCCGCCUGAAUUACAUCUGUUGACCAUGGAGGAGUUCGCGACCUCGUUGGCAAGCAAGGGCCAUACGGAGGCUGCGGCUCGAUUUACUCAUUUGAUACAGUCUUCUUAUCAGGAGAGUGUGAAUGGCGCGGCGUUAUGCUUUCCUCGGGUGGUGGUUGUGGCUCGACGGCCUCUUUAG